GGCGUUGGCGAGCCGCACAGUAUUCACUAGAACGGAUCGGAUGGGAGCUCUGGAGCACAUUCCAUCUCAUAAACCUCCUUGGUCUCAGCUGAUUAGAACGAAAGGGCGAUUGUGACGUCUAUUACAGUCUCGCUGGACUUCACUGCUACUGACAUUGUCCAUACAGGAGUCUACUUGUUACUGGCCUGCAUGGUGAGGAAACAUGGGAUUAUUUGGACGCAGCCGGCACCGGGAGUUGAACAGCCUGACGUGCCUGGUGGUGGCAUUGGAAGGCUGGCGCACCACUGUUGAACUGCACAACGACGCCUUUGUCUCGGGGCUCGUCAUCAAUGUGGAUGCAAAAAUGAACAUAGACAUGGAGGAUGCCAGGUAUACUGAUGGCAAUGGCAAAACUGUGAGGUUAGAGAACUUCCACGUGAGGGGGAGGAAAGUCCGCUAUGUCCACAUCCCUGACCAGAUCAACAUCAUGGAAGCCAUUCAGAAGAAGGUGAAGGUUAAAGUCCCACAUCGGCGGAUGACUGAAAAGGGACACAUUGCCCUAAAGCGUACACAGCAGACUCUUAAGAGGUACAGACGACAACAGGAAGAGCUGCAGCAGCAACAAGAAAGCUCUGCAUCAUCAUCUCAGUCCCUCCCAGGACCAUCUACCAGUAGCCAAUGAUUAAAUCAAUCAUAAAUAGUUUAAGAAAUUGUACUGCAUGGAAAGAAUGAAGAAAAAAGGGUUUGUAAAGUUGUGUGAAAAUGAAGUUGGAGAGAAAGGCCACUAGGGGAAUGGAAGAAUAGGACAAAAGUGUGAGAGAGACGUUGACAGAGGUCAACUAUUUGAACAAGCAUCAAGCAGUUGUUGGAGAGGUAAAGGUUCUGCUGCUGCAACCACUCCCUUGAGGUGCUUCUAGAGUGAGAUGUCAGAGACAUAGAUUGAUAUGACAUGAGCAUGAGUAUUCUUGUGAGGGAAGCAAAAAGUGUCAUGUCAAUAUUUUUUGUUUUGUUUUUAGAUUCAUUGAUUGAUUAUUCUUAAUUUAAUGUACAUAAGUAAUGGCAUAGUACAUACACACUAUUUUGUAAAUUUGUGUAAUGCAAAAAUAUAGAUUUGUGCAAGAUUUGCA